AUGAAUAGGGACAAUUGCAACCUCAAGUCCGAGGUCAUUGCUCAUUUCAUCAAGGCACAAAUUGCGAUAUCACCAAAAUUGCCUCUUGCUACCAUAAUUAAGGUCGUGAAAGAGAAGUUUCAGUUCACUAUAUCAUAUAAGAAACCGUGGCUUGCAAGGACGAUGGCAGUUGCAAUGGUGUUUGGUGACUGGGACGAGUCAUACCGAAGGUUACCUAGAUAUAUGGCUAUAUUGCAGUCAUUCAAUCCAGGCACAGUUGUCAUGUGGGACAUGAUUCCAAAUUUGCGCUCUACCUCAAUCGGAACUGAAAUGUACAUGAACUAUGUGUUCUGGGCAUUUAAACCUGCAAUAGAAGGCUUCAAGUAUUGUCGUCCAGUGAUAUGCAUUGACGGCACACACUUGUACGGGAAAUACGAAGGGAAGAUUGUUGCGGCCCCUGCAGUGACUGCUGCGGACAAGAUUGUACCUCUUGCCUUUGCUGUUGUUGACAAGGAGAUGAUCGAGAGUUGGGUUCAACCAAGAGGGUACCAUAGGUAUUGCUUGCGACACGUAUGUAGCAAUUUCAAUAAAAGAUUCGGCAAUACAGUAGCGAAGGAUCUUGUGUGGAGAGCUGGCUCUGCAUGGCAAGUGCGGAAGUUUUACAAGAUUAUGGACGAUAUCUACAAGCUCGAGAAGAAUGUUGAACGGUGGUUUAGACGGAUGAACCCUAUUCAUUGGACAUUGUGCCAUGAUGGUGGUUGUCGUUGGGGCAUAUUGACGACAAACCAUAUAGAGGGCUUCAAUGGUGUAUUGAAAGGCGCACGCAGUGUUCCCAUUACAGCAUCAGUUGAGAUCACUUUUUAUCGGCUCAUGAAAUAUUUUGACGAGUGCAGGACCAUUGCUGAAAAUGUAAGUGAUCGGGGUCACUUGUACACGACUAAUGUUCAACGAUGGAUUGACGAGCACCAAGCUAAAGCGAAUGUGCAUAUGUUGGUACCGAUUAAUAGGUAA